GCUUGGAUAAAUGUAAAGGAUUGACUUUAUUUUUCAGAAUGCAUGGAUGACCAAAGCUUUGUAACAAAAAAUGUUCAUCCUGGAGAAGAUGUGACUCUGACGUGUAGUCGCCGGUCUAACUUGUCAGGAUUACUUUUUUGGAUCCGAGUUGUUGCUGGAAAUCUGCCUGAAGUCUUAGGGGCGACCUACACUUUUGAUCAUGCCACUGUUAACAAAACUCCUCGUAUUACAACAAAGCAGGGAACAGGAACAUUUGUUCUCCAUAUAAUUCAAACACAGCUCAAUGACACUGCCUUCUAUUACUGUAAAGAAGUGAUUGAACUCAAAACAACACAGUGGAAUAUUACUUUCCUAAGAGUCAAAGGACCAGAACCUGACAUCCCCGUUGUCAUUCAAGAGUUGCCAUCAGCUCCGAUAUAUCCAGGAGACUCAGUAACUCUACAGUGUUCAGUCCUCUCUGACCUGCAGAAGAAUACAUGUCCAGAGGAUGUGUACUGGUUCAGAGCAGGAAUGAAUGAAACAUAUCCCAGUGUGAUUUACGUUCAUAGAAGCAGUGGUGAUGAAUGUGAGAGGCAGUCUGAUGUUUAUUCUCCUCGAAAAUGUGUCUACAACUUCUCAAAGAACAAGAUCAGCUCUUCUGAUUCUGGAAACUACUAUUGUGCUGUGGCAACAUGUGGACAUAUCAUUUUUGGGAAUGGAGCAAAAUUGAAUAUUGAAAACACCAUUUUUUCAUUUGGUGAUUCUCAGGUGGUCAACACAGUUGUGUUUCUUUUGUGUGUUGUUUUGGCAAUAAGUUUGAUGGUUAUAGCCUUACUGAGCUAUAUGAUCAACAAAAAGGCAUACAAUGUCUCAAAUGGUGCUGUAGCAGUGCAACUGAAUUAUACCAUGAACACUAGUAAUCAACUAAAUCAGAAGAUCUCACAGGAUACAGGGCUUCAUACUGUGGUUGUGUUCAGGUUGACUAAGACAGCCAUGAUGAUGGAAAGAGAUAUACAAGUACAGCCUAAUGACUAAACCUGUAUGUUGCCCCGACCCUAUGGUGGAUUUGGAUGAAUUUUAGAAAUUUUUGUCUGUAGGAUCAGUGUGUCAAGUGCCUGAUGAUCCUCAACUGCGAUUUCCAUAUCUAUGUUUAAAUGAAAAAUGUGUACAUUAAUCAGUUGUAGAAUCAUUUUUGCUUCAUUGUAAUAGUUGUUUUUAAAUGUAAAAAGUACAUUUUAAAACUGAUAACAAAGUUCUUUAUAAUCUUGGCAAUAUUGAAUAGUUUGUGUGACAAUUGGCAAAACCACAUGCAGCAGCUUCACUGUGACUAACCAUCAACAACAAGAUGUUAUUAGGAUUUAAGGUAAGAAGUGUAAGAACCACAAGAGGCCCGUGCAGUCUCGGGUUUAACCAUGUUUGUGUGUUUGCUGUGCAUUCUGUUGUCAGUCAAAACUCUUGACAACUUGCAAGUGUUUGCUUUCAGAUCUUAUGCAAAUCUUUGACAUAGGAUCUCCCACUUAGCUACAUUGCAUAUGUAGGCUGUUGCAAGUACAGGCAGAAAAACCAGGGCAGCUUCAUCGUAUUUUGCCCAGAGCCCUGGUUCCCCUACUAUCGAUUACCACUCUGUUCUGUAUUAUCUGGAAUUCAGCUGGUAUACUGACAGAACAGGAACUCAUAUGAUUUUUAACACCAUAGGAGCAGUGUGAAAAGAUAAUUAUGCCCCUUGUCAGAGGUAUCUUAGUGGAAGUGUUACCCAUGGCAAAGCAUUCACAAUAUAAUAAAAAACAUAAUGGCCAGGUCUCAGUGUUUGAAACAGCUCUCUGCCACAUAAAGGUUUUUGUGACUGUUGGCUAUGUUAACAUGCAAAGGUUUGUGUGAAAAAUUGGUGAUGGGUUUUUAAAAAAUACAAUAUGCUGGAAG